AUGUUCAUUCACAGCCUGCUGACAUACUGCACAAAGGGCGAGAGGCGGGAGAUGAAGGGAGUCCACCUGCCUCAGUCCUCCUGCCUCAGUCCACCUGCCUCAGUCCUCCUGCCUCAGUUCACCUGUCUCAGUCCACCUGCCUCAGUCCUCCUGUCUCAGUCCACCUGCCUCAGUCCACCUGCCUCAGUCCACCUGCCUCAGUCCUCCUGCCUCAGUCCACCUGCCUCAGUCCUCCUGCCUCAGUUCACCUGCCUCAGUCCACCUGCCUCAGUUCACCUGUCUCAGUCCACCUGCCUCAGUCCUCCUGUCUCAGUCCACCUGCCUCAGUCCACCUGCCUCAGUCCACCUGCCUCAGUCCACCUGCCUCAGUCCUCCUGCCUCAGUACACCUGCCUCAGUCCACCUGCCUCAGUCCACCUGCCUCAGUCCACCUGCCUCAGUCCACCUGCCUCAGUCCACCUGCCUCAGUCCUCCAGCCUCAGUCCACCUGCCUCAGUCCUCCUGCCUCAGUUCACCUGUCUCAGUCCACCUGUCUCAGUCCACCUGCCUCAGUCCUCCAGCCUCAGUCCUCCUGCCUCAGUCCACCUACCUCAGUCCACUUCGCAAGCCCCAUGGCCUCCAAACCUCUUAA